AUGGCUGUCGUCCAAAGCCAGAUGUCCUUCCUGGAGCCCUGGGACGGGAAGGAGGAUGCGCCUUACAUCCGCGGAAAGUCGGACGAUUUAUUUCCUGCUACAAACUUUAAGAACCAGGACUUUUCGGUCCAGUUUCAUGAUGCUAGACCAACCAAGGAUGCCUUUAAGCUAGACAUUCAUGGGUUCGGUUUCUUCGAGGAUGAGCCGAUCGGAGACGAAAUAAUACAAUCGAUCCGGGAAAGGAAUAAACUGGCGGUUGAGAAAGAAUAUUACCCACGCGUAGAGGCACUAAUCAAACGGACCACUGGUGCCAGCAAGGUUAUCAUAUUCGAUCAUACCUAUCGUAAGCGAGAUCCGGCCCUUGCUGCUGGAGAAAAUCCCAACGGCAGGGAGCAACCGGCGACAUUGGCUCAUGUCGACCAGUCCGCUAUCGGCGCAAUUGGCAGAGUUCAUCGGCAUGCUGAGGAGGAUGCCGAAAGGUUGCUACAGGGACGCGUACAAGUAAUUAACGUUUGGCGUCCAUUCGAAGUUGUGGAGGACUGGCCUCUGGCAUGCGCCGAUUACCGCAGUUUCAAGGACUCAGAAAUCCACCCCACCAGCAUCUUCCGGGAGCGAUUUGAUAGACAGGGGCAGACAGUGUCUAUCAACUAUUCAGACCAGCAGCGGUGGUACUACCUUGACCACCAGGAGUCGCAUGAAGUGACCUUUAUAAAGAUAUGGGAUAGCAAGGACGGUACGGCUAAAUUAUGCCCACAUGGUGCUUUCCAACAUCCACAUGCACCCACCAAUGCCAAGCUGAGGGAAAGUGUUGAGGUCCGAUGCCUGGUAUUCUAUGAGAACGAGUCUCAAUGA